AUGGAAACACACAACUCCACUCGUCUAACGUAACCUCAGUAGUAUGGAUUUCUCUCCUCAAAACUCACAUUAACAAACCAUUAAGUUAACAUGGAAAAUCCUCCCGUGACUGAUGGUGACCAGCAGGUCAAAGAUGGAGACAAACCCCAGAACGGUGAGGCGGACACUGGCCAGGAAGAGGAUGCGGAGAUGGUAGAAGAUCUGCCUCCGGUGUCGUACCGAACUAUUUCAGAUGAUGAAGCCGUGCUGCUGAGGAUGGCUGACAACUUUCAGCGUCAGUAUUCACACUACUGUCCGGAGCGCAAACCACUCUUCCUGUGUCCGAUCAAUGAGUGUGGCAUCAAGAAGUUUGUCUCAACGACUCUUCGGCCGACUAUGAUGGACUACUCGGAACUUUACACCUGGGAUGGCGCUGCCUCUUUUGUUGCUGACUACCUGUCUCUAGAACCUCUCGAGUCACCCGAUGAGCUGCCCAAGUACCUGUGUUCACCUACGUUGGUGCUGCGGAGACAGAAAGGCAUGUGUUUUGAAUUUUCCACCCUGCUGUGUAGCCUGUUGCUGGGCGCAAACUACGACGCUUACUGUGUCAGCGGCUAUGCGGUCAAAGAGAUGUGUCAGCUCAACCAGACGCAUCAGGAGUGUCCUCUGCUGGACCCUCAAGUCAAGGUGCGUGCUGCAGCGUCGGAACACCGGUGCCACGAGUUCCAAUAUCAAGUGAAACCUCUGAAGGAGCUGAAGAGUCGCUUUGUGGCGGAGAAAAAUCAGAGGACGAAAGAGGCAGGAGAAGCUGCAAAGUGGGAGAAGCUACGGCAACAAGAGAAUCUGGAGAUGAAGCCACCGUCUCCUGACCCGCUGCGAGGUCUGCGUUUACAUAGCUGGGUUUUGGUCCUGGCUGGGAGCCGUAGUAUCAUGGAGAACUUCUUUAUUGACCCUCUGACGGGGAAAAACUACAGCACUGCUGAUGAAAACUUCCUUGGCAUCGAGAGCAUUUGGAACAACGUCAACUAUUACGCCAACAUGCAGGACUGCAGCAAUGGCUGUGCGGAUAUGAUGUACGAUCUGGAUGAUAUCAACAUGUGGGAACCAUUAUUGGCAGCCAAAACUACAAGGGAUCAAGAUGAUCAGGGGAAAAAGCCCAGCGGAGCUUUCAUAAUGCCUGGCUCAUGGGUCGAUCCCUUGGCGAUCUCCAAAAAAGAUUUGGAGACCCGCUGGCCAGGAGGUUCAAAAGUCACCUUUUAUAAGAAAGCCAAACUUGAGAAGUUUGCUUUAGAAGUCAACUCAUGUGGACUGGUAACACGACUCACCACGUACAGUGACAUGGACUGCACCAACGUUGUGGCAGUGAAAGAGUGGUACCGUUUUAGAGACGACCACCUGGAGGAGAGAGAAGUUAACUAUGUGGAACACUCCACCACAGAGAGCUUUGGGAGAGGGAGACGAUUUCACCUCUUGUAUCACAGGUACACAACCCCACCGGCAGAAGUCGAGCGUGAGAUGGAGUUCAGCACUGCUCGUGUCGAUGGCUUAGUGCGACGGAAGGAGUCCCCGGGCCUGAUGACAGAGACCUAUGAGGGCAGGGAAGACUUCCUGUACUACCGUCAUGUUGUCUAUAAUGGAAACUUUACAGAUGCCAACAUAGACCUGGAAGAGCUACCACUUUUGAAAGUGGUGGAGCGGUUCGACCGCAACAGGAAGAAACCAGCCAAAGAAGACGUUGCUGAGCGGGUUUUUCUUGUCAUUGAAAAGCGAGUCAAUGUCACUUAUCAUUUAGAAGAUCAUCGAUUCAUCCCUCCAAACAGACGCUUCAUAAAACCAGGGGAACAUCAGGACUUCACAGCUGACAUGGUGUCCAGCUUCCAGGUGGAUCGAUGUGAAAUUCCGCCCUGCCCCCGCAAAGUGUAUGACAUGCUGUUACAUCUGAUGAAGGACGAGGAAGUUAUCGUUCAACAAAUCAAAGCAUCUAUCAUAGAGAUAAGAAACAUUGUGGCGUGCAGGGAACAGGAGAAUAAAGAUGUGGAGCUGGAUUUCCCGAUGUCUACCACAAAGGGAGCGUCACUGAUCCACAGCCAGAGAGAAGAAAUGAAACGUCGGGCUGCUGAGGAAUUGAGGCUGCUGCAGGAGAAGAAGAUAGACAUCCUUGCACCCUUCCUCGCCAGGCUGAGCAAUCCCGAAAAUCUGAAUGAAGUGAUUGCCCAGCAACUGUAUGAGGACUGUCUGGCUGAAUUUAAAGAACGAUUGGUGGCCCAGGCCAAUCUCAUACAGGAGCGCUAUGACAGGGAGACAGAGGAGCUGCACGAACGGCAGCACUGGUUCCACAAAAACCAGCUCAACAUGACCAAACAGCAGACGGAAGAGUACCAUGACUACUGUGCGGAGAAGACCCUGAAAAUAAACGUGGCCAAGAAACGGAUAAGCUUGCAUCAGGAAGCAUCGACUCAGAAGUACGUUGAGUUUGUGCAGAAGCUGAAAAAAGAUCCUCGACUUGCCCCGUACUUGCACCAUUAAUCUGAAAUCUCUUCUUUAUUCAUGCAUGCAUUGUUAAUAUUCCAAGCCUGCAAUAAAAUAUUU